AUGAGUUGCCAAUCUUUUCCUUCGGCUGAUACCUUUAUACCUCUGAAUUCUGACGCCUCUGCAACUCUGCCUCUGAUAAUGCAUCACAGUGCUGCCGAGUGUCUACCAGUCUCCAACCAUGCCACCAAUGUGAUGCCCACAGUCCCAUCUAUUUUGUCUUUGACCCAAACUCCUGAAUGUUUGCGCCCACAUUUCUCGUGACAACAUUGGGAAACAGCAACGGGACUUCAUUAUUCUGUUCCUUCCUGUCAUUAUGGAAACCAGCCAUCAGCCUAUGGAGUGAUGGCAGGUAGUUUAACUCCUUGUCUCUAUAAAUUUCCCGACCACACCUUGAGUCAUGGAUUUCCUCCUAUACACCAGCCUCUCCUGGCAGAGGACCCCACAGCUGCUGAUUUCAAGCAGGAACUCAGGAGGAAAAGUAAAUUGGUGGAAGAGCCAGUAGACAUGGAUUCUCCCGAGAUCAGAGAACUUGAAAAGUUUGCCAAUGAGUUUAAAGUAAGAAGAAUUAAGUUAGGAUAUACCCAAACAAAUGUUGGGGAGGCCCUGGCAGCUGUGCACGGCUCUGAAUUCAGUCAAACAACUAUCUGCCGAUUUGAAAAUCUGCAGCUCAGCUUUAAAAAUGCAUGCAAACUGAAAGCAAUAUUAUCCAAGUGGCUGGAGGAAGCUGAGCAAGUGGGAGCUUUGUACAAUGAAAAAGUGGGAGCAAAUGAAAGGAAAAGAAAACGAAGAACAACUAUAAGUAUUGCUGCUAAAGAUGCGCUGGAGAGACACUUUGGAGAACAGAAUAAACCGUCUUCUCAGGAGAUCAUGCGGAUGGCUGAAGAACUGAAUCUGGAGAAAGAAGUAGUAAGGGUUUGGUUUUGCAACCGGAGGCAGAGAGAAAAACGGGUGAAAACAAGUCUGAAUCAGAGCUUAUUUUCUAUUUCUAAGGAGCAUCUUGAGUGCAGAUAAGAUUUUCUAUUGUGUAAUAGUCUUUUCUUUUCUGUUUUAUUCCUUUCUCAUUCUCAACAAAAACAGAAAUUAAUUACUUAGUUGACUUAAAGUCAUUUUAUACCAAUAGCUUUUAUAGAAGCUUUACUUUUUCACUUUUUUUUAAAAAAAGAAAUCAGCUAUUUAAAUUAAUUUGAUGGUAUUUACUUAAAUAAUUAUUCUCAGAAGCUACAUCAUACAUUUUAAGCAAAAUAUAUUAACAGUAAUAAAACAAUCUCUCUCUCACACACACACAUGGAUAUAUGAGUGUAUGUAUGGGUUUAUAGGUUCCUUUUCCAAACUUUUUAUUAGGUUUUUAAUAUUUAAGUCAGUAAUGACACUAAUUUAAAGCACAUUGCAAGAAAUAUCCAAUGUUCUGCUUACUGCCAUCUCUACUAGUUUGUCUGAAUUAAAAGUUUUGAACUUAGAGCCGGAGGUGUCUUAUACUUGUAUUACUACAUUUAAGAAUAAACCUCAAUCAGAAUCGACACAUUUGAAGCUAAAAUUUAGGGCAUAUAGCUGAUAGAACUGUUUCAAAAGAGAUUUGUCGAAAUGUUAAUUUACGAUCAUUUUAGUCUUUCUAAAUAUUAGCUUUUUGAUAUGUAGCUGUAGAAAAUAAUGUUUUAUGGAUUCUGAAGUCCCAAACCAUUAGUCUGUAAGCUGCCACAGGAUGGGAAGAUAUCUGGCUUGUUUGCUGUCAUUUCUCCAGGGCUUGGGAAAUUCUUGCUCAUAUAAGGCACACAAUCUUUGUUAAAUGAAGGAGUGUACUGUUAACAACGCUACAAAUGUGAAUGGUAUCACCUAAUUUUAAAUUAUAAUGUUUUUGCAAUCUCACCUUCUAGAAAAUCAUCCAGGUUUCUAUGACAAGCCAUGAUCACUUUUGGUAUAAUGGAUUAGAAUCUGAUUCACUAUUUGUAAAAACUUUGACAUAUUGAGAUUUUAAUUCUGAGAACAGUAUUGGAAAGGACAUAUUUAUUUACAAUAUAAGUAUGCAUUUCCUUGACACAUGCUAGCAGAAGCAAACUGUAAUGGAAUAUCAACUUAAUAGUGACUUUUUGCAUUUUGAAUGUAAAUCAGCUGGCAAUGUUUCUCUUAUUUUAUAUAACAA